AUGGGCGCCCAGCUCCUCAACUCAUGUGGAAAGCAUUAUCCCUUCCCUUCAAGAAGAGAGCCAGAGCACCGCGAUUGGCUGAACAUCAGCAUGCCGCACAUGGCCUAUGAAGGAGACGAUGUGACUAUAAGUUGUUCCGGGGAAAACAAUGAUGCCAUAAAGAAACUAGUGUACUACAAGAAUGGAUAUCAGAUAGCUACUUACCUCAGGGCCUUGAGCUAUACCAUUUUGAAUGCAAGAACCAGUGAUGGCGGCUCCUAUUCCUGUAAGGCAGAUAGGAAGAUUUUCUGGUUUAUAAAAAGUACUGAAGAAACAAGAUCUGUAUGGCUCACUGUCCAAGAGCUGUUUCCAAAGCCUACAUUGACAUUCAGCACUUCUUCGCCUAUAGAAGGAACCUCAGUGACCCUGUCCUGUGACACUAGGCUCCCUUCAGAUAGGUCAUGGAUCUCUCUUCGUUACGACUUCAACAGAGAUUACAGUACCCUAGGUUGGAAAAAGUGGUCAUCAAAGUUUGAGAUCUCAGCAAUAAGGAAAGAAGACUCGGGGUAUUACUGGUGUGAGGCAAAGGCAUUCGGGGACAAUAUCUCGAAGCGGAGUAGCAAAUCUUACAUAAGUGUGCAGAGGAUCUCUGUGUCUCGAGUCUCCAUGGAGACCUCUCCCCCAGGAGGCCAGGCAGUUAAGGGGGAGAAGCUGAUUCUUGUCUGUUCUGUGGCGGAAGGCACAGGGGACAUCAUGUUCUACUGGUACAAGGAAGAUACAAAGGAGAGUCUGGGGGCAAAACGUGAGCACUCCCAGAGAGCAGAGCUGCAGAUCCCUGUGAUCGAGGAGAGUCAUGCCGGGAGUUACUACUGUACAACUGACAACAGCUAUGGCCCCGUUCAGAGCAAGGCAGUGAACAUAACUGUGAGAAUUCCAGCCCUGAGCCCUCUUCUCACCAUUAGUGCUCCUGGAGUCAUGGUCUUUAUUGGUGAAGUGGUAGAGCUCCGCUGUGAAGACUUGAGAGCUUCACCCCCCAUUCUGUACCAGUUCUAUCAUGAAGACAUCAUUCGGGGGAGCAUCUCAGCACCUUCUGGAGGAGGAACAUCCCUCAACUUCUCAGCGGCUGCAAGCCAUUCUGGGAACUACUCCUGUGAGGCUGACAAUGGCUGGGGACCCAAGCGCAGUGAGGUGGUGACACUUACUGUCCCAGAGGCCCCACCCAAAGUCCAUCUGACUAAUGGUCCUCACCGCUGUGAAGGCCAAGUGGAGGUGGAACAGGAAGGUCACUGGGGCACCGUGUGUGAUGACGGUUGGGACAUGAAGGAUGUGGCAGUGGUGUGCCGGGAGCUGGGCUGUGGAGCACCCAAACACACACCGGUAGCCAUGUUGUAUCCACCUGUGGCAGAAGAGGCCCUGUCUGUGCUCGUUCAGGUGUCCCUGUGCAGUGGGACAGAGGUGGCCCUGGCUGAGUGUGAGCAGGUGGAGGCCUUUGACUGUGGACAUGAUGAGGAUGCAGGGGUCAUGUGUGAAGGUGGGCAAUGA